GGCAAACCCGGUCGUCGCUGUUGUUGUUUAGCACAUAUAUCUUUUCAUUUCUUAUAUAAAAAGCAUUUCGCCAAAAAAAAACAAUAAUGAGAAAUAGGCCUGGUGUUAUUGGCGUUCAAAAUAAGCAACAGCUAAAGUCGCUUAUGGACAAAGAAGGUAAAACAAUAAACGAAGAGUCUAUAAAAACGAUGACCGAACAAAUGGAACUAUUUAAAAGUCAGAUAGAAACCUUUUCAAAAAAUCACAGACAUGAGAUAAUAAAGAAUCCGGAGUUAAGAACUUACUUUCUCCGAAUGUGUUCUCAUUGUGGGAUAGAUCCACUGGCUUCCAGCAAAGCCUUUUGGGCUAAAUUUUUAGGUAUAGGCGAUUAUUACUACGAAUUAGCAGUGCAUAUCGUACAAGUGUGUUUUGCUUCCCAAAAGAGUAACGGAGGUAUAAUGGAUUUAAAAGAUGUUCUUGCUGCUGUUAUAUCCAUAAGAAGCAAACACGCGCAACAGCCUACCAUAAGCGAUUUACUAUUCUGAUUGCUUUAUUAAAGAAACUCGGAAAAGACCUUGUGAUAGUAAAAUUAAACGAGAGGGAGCUGGUAAGGUCCGUCCCUACCGAGCUGAACAACGACCACACUGCCAUUCUGAACCUGGCAACUAAAUUGGGAUUUAUAACGGAACAAAUUUUAGAAGAAAACUUGCGGUGGGAAAAAAUCAGAAUUGCCACAAGUUUAGAGUUUUUAAUAAAAGAAGGUUUUUGUUGGAUUGAUAAAAAUGAAGGGGUUAUCAGCUUCUGGUUUCCAGCAUUC